AUGACCAGCCACAGCUUCCCUGCUGUGAGCUCCAGGCUCCAGAGCUCGCCAGUUGUCCUGGGUGCCAGCUGAGUUAACAUGGCUUGUUGGACUCAGCUCAGGUUGUUGCUUUGGAAGAAUAUCACUUACCGAAGAAGACAAACAUGUCAACUGCUGCUGGAAGUGACCUGGCCUUUGUUUAUCUUCUUCAUUCUGAUCUCUGUUCGGUUGAGCUACCCACCCUAUGAGCAACAUGAAUGCCACUUUCCGAACAAAGCCAUGCCCUCUGCAGGGACACUGCCUUGGAUUCAGGGGAUUAUCUGUAAUGCCAACAACCCCUGUUUCCGUUAUCCUACUCCUGGUGAGGCUCCUGGGGUUGUUGGAAACUUUAACAAAUCCAUUGUGUCCCGCCUCUUUUCUGAUGCUCAGCGGCUCCUUUUGUAUAGCCAGAGAGACACCAGCAUAAAGGACAUCCACAAAGUUCUUCGAACGCUAAAGCGGAUUGAGAGUUCCAGCUCAAAACUGAAACUUCAGGAUUUUCUUCGGGACAAUGAAACCUUCUCUGGAUUUCUGAAUCACAACCUCUCUCUGCCAACGCCUACUGUGGACAGACUGCUGGGCACUCAUGUCAGUCUUCGCAAGGUGUUUUUGCAUGGUUACAAGUUACAUUUGACCAAUCUUUGCAAUGGAUCCAAAUUAGAAGAGGUGAUUCAGCUUGGCGAACAGGAGGCAUCCAGACUUUGUGUCCUGCCUCAGGAAAAACUGGAUGCAGCAGAGAAAGUCCUUCAUUCCAACAUGGAUAUCCUGAAGCCAAUUGUGACAGAACUGAAUUCCACAUCUUUCUUCCCCAACAAGGAGCUGGCUGAAGCCACCCAGACAUUGUUGGAUAGUCUUGGAACUCUCGCCCAAGAGAUAUUCAGCAUGCGGAGCUGGAGUGACAUGCGCCAGGAAGUAAUGUUUCUGACCGAUGUGAACAUAUCCAGGACCUCUACCGAGAUAUACCAGGCCGUAUCCCGCAUUGUCUGUGGCCACCCCGAAGGGGGCGGUCUGAAGAUCAAGUCACUCAAUUGGUAUGAGGACAACAACUACAAAGCCCUCUUUGGAGUCAAUAGCACAGAGGAAGAGGCUGGCGCCUUCUAUGACAACACCACUACUCCUUAUUGCAAUGAUUUGAUGAAGAACUUGGAGUCCAGUCCUCUUUCUCGGAUCAUCUGGAAAGCUCUUAAGCCUCUGCUUGUUGGGAAAAUUUUGUAUACACCUGACACUCUGGCCACAAGGCAGGUGAUGGCUGAGGUGAACAAGACUUUUCAGGAACUGGCCGUGUUUCAUGAUGUGGAAGGCAUGUGGGAAGAACUUAGUCCCAAGAUUUGGGCCUUCAUGGAAAGCAGCUCAGAAAUGGACCUAGUACGGACUCUGUUGCACAGCAAAGGCAACGAACACUUCUGGGAACAGCAGUUGGAUGGCUUAGAUUGGACAGCCAAGGACAUCAUGACAUUUCUGGCCAAGCAUCCAGAGGAUGUCCAGUCCAUUAAUGGCUCUGUGUACACCUGGAGAGAAGCUUUCAAUGAGACUAACCGGGCCAUUCAGACCAUAUCUCACUUCAUGGAGUGUGUCAAUCUGAACAAGCUUGAAGCAACGGCGACAGAGGCUCAACUCAUCGAUAAGUCCAUGAAGCUGCUGGAUGAGAGGAAGUUCUGGGCUGGUAUCGUGUUCACCGGAAUUGCUCCUGGCAGUGCUGAACUGCCCCAUCAUGUCAAAUACAAGAUCCGAAUGGACAUUGACAAUGUGGAGAGGACAAAUAAGAUCAAAGAUGCGUACUGGGACCCUGGUCCUCGAGCUGACCCCUUUGAAGAUAUGCGGUAUGUCUGGGGCGGCUUUGCAUACUUGCAGGAUAUAGUGGAACAGGCAAUCAUCAGGGUUGUCACUGGCACUGAGAAGAAAACAGGAGUCUAUCUGCAGCAGAUGCCUUACCCUUGCUAUGUUGAUGAUAUCUUCCUGAGGGUGGUGAGCCGGUCAAUGCCCCUCUUCAUGACCCUGGCCUGGAUUUACUCUGUGGCUGUGAUCAUCAAGGGCAUUGUCUAUGAGAAAGAGAUGCGGCUGAAGGAGACCAUGCGCAUCAUGGGCCUGAACAAUGGCACCCUAUGGUUUAGUUGGUUCAUCACCAGCCUCAUCCCCCUGCUUCUGAGCGCCUGCUUAUUGAUCAUCAUCUUGAAAUUUGGGAACCUGCUGCCCUACAGUGACCCCAGUGUGGUGUUCAUCUUCCUGCUUGUGUUUGCUGUGGUGACCAUCAUGCAGUGCUUCUUCAUCAGCACCUUCUUCUCCAGAACCAACCUGUCGGCUGCAUGUGGGGGCAUCAUUUACUUCACAAUGUACCUGCCCUACGUCCUGUGCUCGGCAUGGCAAGAACAAGUGGGCUUCGUGCUCAAAAUCUUUGCGAGCUUGCUGUCCCCUGUGGCUUUCGGGUUUGGCUGCGAGUACUUUGCCCUUCUUGAGGAGCAGGGCAUUGGAGUGCAGUGGGACAACCUCUUUGAGAGCCCUCUGGAGGAAGAUGGCUUCAGCCUCACCACCUCGCUCACCAUGAUGCUAUUUGACACCUUCCUCUAUGGGGUGCUGACUUGGUACAUCGAGGCUGUCUUUCCAGGCCAGUUUGGAAUGCCCAGGCCCUGGUAUUUUCCUUUCACCAAGUCUUACUGGUUUGGAGAGGAAUAUGAUGAGAAGAGCCCCCCUGGAUACAGCCAGAAGGGAGUAGUGGAAAUUUGCAUGGAGGAAGAGCCUACACACCUGAAGCUGGGUGUAUCCAUUCAGAAUCUGAUCAAGGUUUAUCGGGAUGGCAUGAAGGUGGCUGUGGAUGGUCUGGCCCUGAACUUUUAUGAGGGACAGAUCACCUCCUUUUUAGGACACAAUGGAGCCGGAAAGACUACAACCAUGUCAAUCCUGACUGGGUUGUUUCCACCCACCUCGGGCACUGCCUACAUCCUGGGGAAGGACAUUCGCUCAGAGAUGAACAUCAUUCGGCAGAACCUGGGUGUCUGUCCCCAACACAAUGUGCUGUUUGACAUGCUGACUGUUGAGGAGCAUAUCUGGUUCUAUGCCCGCCUAAAAGGACUCUCAGAGAAUCAGGUGAAAGCAGAGAUGAAACAGAUGCUCCUGGAUGUGGGUUUGCCCCUCAGCAAACUGAAAAGCAAAACAAGCCAGUUGUCAGGUGGAAUGCAGAGGAAACUGUCUGUUGCUUUGGCCUUUGUGGGAGGGUCCAAAGUUGUCAUUCUGGAUGAACCCACAGCUGGUGUGGACCCUUACUCCCGUAGGGGGAUAUGGGAGCUGUUGCUUAAGUUACGGCAAGAUCGCACCAUCAUUCUGUCUACCCACCAUAUGGAUGAAGCAGACAUCCUGGGGGACCGGAUUGCCAUCAUAUCCCAUGGGAAACUGUGCUGUGUGGGCUCCUCCUUGUUUCUUAAGAACCAGUUGGGGACAGGCUACUACUUGACCUUGGUCAAAAAAGAUGUGGAUUCUUCCCUCAGCUCCUGCAGAAAUAGUAGCAGUACUGUGUCGUACUUGAAAAAGGAGGACAGUGUUUCUCAGAGCAGUUCUGAUGCUGGCCUGGGCAGCGACCAUGAAAGUGACACGCUGACCAUCGAUGUCUCUGCUAUCUCCAACCUCAUCAAGAAGCAUGUGGCUGAGGCUCGGCUGGUGGAAGACAUUGGACAUGAACUGACCUACAAUUUACCCUAUGAAGCUGCCAAAGAGGGGGCAUUUGUGGAACUCUUCCAUGAGCUUGAUGAUCGGCUUUCUGACUUGGGCAUCUCGAGUUAUGGCAUCUCAGAGACCACCCUAGAAGAAAUAUUUCUCAAAGUGGCUGAAGAUAGUGGAGUGGAUGCAGAGACCUCAGAUGGAACCUUGCCAGCAAGACGAAACAGACGGGCCUUUGGGGACAAACAGAGCUGUCUUCGCCCAUUCACUGAAGAUGAUGUGAUAGAUCCAAAUGAUUCUGACAUAGACCCAGAAUCCAGAGAAACAGACCUACUCAGUGGAAUGGAUGGCAAAGGCUCUUACCAGGUGAAGGGCUGGAAACUCACACAGCAGCAAUUUGUGGCCCUUUUGUGGAAGAGGCUGCUGAUCGCCAGACGAAGCCGGAAGGGAUUCUUUGCUCAGAUUGUCCUGCCAGCUGUGUUUGUCUGCAUUGCCUUGGUUUUCAGCUUGAUUGUGCCACCCUUUGGCAAGUACCCCAGCCUGGAACUUCAGCCCUGGAUGUACAAUGAACAGUACACAUUUUUCAGUAAUGAUGCUCCUGAAGACAUGGCCACCCAGGAACUCUUGAAUGCUCUCACCAAAUACCCUGGCUUUGGGACUCGGUGUAUGGAUGGAGACCCAAUCCCAGACACGCCCUGUUUAGUGGAAGAGGAGGAGUGGACCACUGCCUCAAUUCCCCAGACCAUCAUGGACCUUUUCCAAAGUGGAAACUGGAGUAUGGACAACCCUUCUCCUGCCUGCCAGUGUAGCAGUGAUAAAAGCAAGAAGAUGCUGCCUGUGUGUCCUCUGGGUGCUGGGGGGAUGCCUCCUCCACAGAGAAGACAAAACACUUCGGACAUCCUUCAGAACCUUUCUGGGAGAAACAUUUCGGAUUAUCUGGUGAAGACCUAUGUGCAGAUCAUAGCCAAAAGCUUAAAGUACAAGAUUUGGGUGAAUGAAUUUAGGUAUGGAGGAUUUUCUCUGGGUGCCAGUAAUUCCCAAUUAUUUCCUGCAAGUCAAGAAGUUAAUGAUGCCAUCAAGCAAAUGAAGAAACACUUAAAGGUGGUCAAGGACAGUUCGGCGGAUCGAUUUCUUAGCAGCUUGGGAAGGUUCAUGACAGGACUGGACACGAAAAAUAAUGUCAAGGUGUGGUUUAAUAACAAGGGCUGGCAUGCCAUCAGCUCUUUCUUGAAUGUCAUCAACAAUGCAAUACUCAGGGCCAACCUGCAGAAGGGAGAGAAGCCUGACCAAUAUGGGAUCACUGCUUUCAACCACCCGCUGAACCUCACCAAGCAACAACUCUCUGAGGUGGCUCUGAUGACCACAUCAGUGGAUGUCCUUGUGUCCAUCUGUGUCAUCUUUGCGAUGUCCUUUGUCCCAGCCAGCUUCGUUAUAUUCCUGAUCGAGGAGCGAGUCACCAAAGCAAAGCACCUGCAGUUCAUCAGUGGAGUGAAGCCUGUCCUUUAUUGGCUUUCUAAUUUUGUCUGGGAUAUGUGCAACUAUGUGGUCCCUGCCACACUGGUCAUUAUCAUCUUCAUCUGCUUCCAGCAAAAAUCCUAUGUGUCCUCCACUAAUCUGCCUGUGUUAGCCCUGCUCCUUCUGCUGUAUGGGUGGUCGAUCACACCCCUCAUGUACCCUGCUUCCUUCGUGUUCAAGAUCCCCAGCACUGCCUAUGUGGUCCUUACUAGUGUGAACCUCUUCAUUGGUAUCAAUGGCAGUGUGGCUACUUUUGUGCUGGAGCUCUUCACCAACAAUAAGCUGAAUAAUAUCAAUGAUAUCCUGAAGUCUGUGUUCUUGAUCUUCCCACACUUCUGUUUGGGACGGGGGCUCAUUGACAUGGUGAAGAAUCAGGCAAUGGCUGAUGCCUUGGAAAGGUUUGGAGAGAAUCGUUUUAUCUCGCCAUUGUCUUGGGACUUGGUGGGUCGAAACCUUUUUGCCAUGGCUGUGGAAGGGGUUGUUUUCUUCCUGAUCACUGUUCUCAUCCAGUACAGAUUCUUCAUUAGGCCUAGAUCUGUAAAUGCAAAGCUUCUUCCUCUGAAUGAUGAGGAUGAAGAUGUCAGGCGGGAAAGACAGAGAAUUCUUGAUGGUGGUGGACAGAAUGACAUCUUGGAAAUCAAGGAGCUGACUAAGAUAUAUAGAAGGAAGAGGAAGCCUGCUGUUGAUAGAAUUUGUGUUGGCAUUCCUCCUGGCGAGUGUUUUGGGCUUCUGGGAGUUAAUGGGGCUGGUAAAUCAUCAACUUUCAAGAUGUUAACUGGAGAUACUUCUGUUACAAGAGGAGAUGCUUUACUCAACAAAAACAGUAUCUUAUCAAACAUCCGUGAAGCAUAUCAGAACAUGGGAUAUUGCCCUCAAUUUGAUGCCAUCACAGAGCUGCUAACUGGGAGAGAACACGUAGAGUUCUUUGCCCUUUUGAGAGGAGUCCCUGAGAAGGAAGUUGGCAAGGUUGGUGAGUGGGCAAUUCGAAAACUGGGCCUUAUGAAAUAUGGAGAAAAAUAUGCUGGUAACUAUAGUGGAGGCAACAAACGGAAGCUAUCCACAGCCAUAGCUUUGAUCGGCGGGCCGCCUGUGGUGUUUCUGGAUGAACCCACUACAGGCAUGGAUCCCAAGGCUCGGAGGUUCCUGUGGAAUUGUGCCCUAAGCGUGGUCAAGGAGGGAAGAUCAGUGGUGCUCACAUCUCAUAGUAUGGAAGAAUGUGAAGCUCUUUGUACUCGGAUGGCAAUUAUGGUCAAUGGGAGAUUUAGGUGCCUUGGCAGUGUUCAGCAUCUAAAAAAUAGGUUUGGAGAAGGCUAUACAAUAAUUGUACGAAUAGCUGGGUCCAACCCUGACCUGAAGCCUGUCCAGGAUUUCUUUGGACUUGCUUUUCCAGGAAGCAUCUUAAAGGAGAAGCAUCGGAACAUGCUCCAGUAUCAGCUUCCAUCCUCAUUAUCCUCCUUGGCUAGGAUUUUCAGCAUCCUUUCCCAGAGUAAAGAGCAAUUGCAUAUAGAAGAUUACUCUGUUUCUCAGACAACACUUGAUCAAGUAUUUGUAAACUUUGCCAAGGACCAAAGUGAUGAUGACCAUUUAAAGGACCUGUCAUUACACAAAAACCAGACUGUUGUGGAUGUUGCAGUACUGACAUCUUUUCUACAAGAUGAGAAAGUGAAAGAAAGUUAUGUAUGAAUAAUCUUGCUCAUACAAAUGGCUGAAAGAAAGAAGGAACUUGAACUACCUUUGUGCCAUGAGAAGUGUUCCAAAGGAAAGAGCUGGAAGUUUUUUGUGUGAAGAAGUAAACUGGAAACUAUACUGAUAACUAUUCAAUGCAAUGCAAUGCAAUUCAAUGCAAUCAAAACAAAUUCCAUUACAGGGGCAGUGCCUUUGUAGCCUAUGUCUUGUAUGGCUCUCGGUAAAAAAAGACUUGAAUUUAUUACCUUGUACCUACGUGAAACUCUGGUAUAGAACCUGGUGGAACCUUUGAGUUUGAAAAAGUACUUCAUUUUUUCUGUGUUCUCAUGGGGGUUGCAACAAAUUGCAAAGUAGUCAUGGUCAGUGGUGAUCAAAUUCAGAAGGUUUGCACAGCCUCAUUCAUUAAUCUGAGAGAGUGGCUUCCCAUGACAACACCUAUGGCUGGCAAGACGGCAUCAGUCAUUGGUGCCAAGUUGCUCAGAAAAACCUAAGGAUUCUGGUGUAUCAUGUAGACUUUUGUGAAAGCCGCUCUGCCCAGUUUAUCAAUGUCAUCCAAUAUCAGGUGACAAAAUGGUGCCAUGUGGGGAUAAAUCCUACUUUCAUCCCCUCUUUGUAGAGCUGCUGUGGUAGUUGGUAAUGUGCAAAGAUGUAGGAGCCUCGACAAGUAUGACUUUGGGGAACUGUGGGCUUCAGAAUAGAAUUACCUUUAAGAUUCCUAUAAAGUCGUUCUUUAAAGAUCCUUAGAUCCUGUGGGAAAUGCAAGGAACCAGCAGCUAACAUUGUGGGGACUUCAUGCUGCUGAGAUCAGAAGAGAGGACCGAAGAGAUUCUGUGUUCAAACCUAGGGAGGCUUGUGUCCAUUUGUCCUGUCUACUAACAUGCUAUACUGCAUCUCAAGUUCUUGUUUGACACAAACGUAGUAUUAUUUCUCGCCUUUUUAUUUUUAGUUAAUCUAGAAUAUGCAAAGAAGUUGUAUUUUGACAAAGAGCUUUUGUACUUUUAAUGCUGUUUGAGAUUUUAAGGUCUGUCAGUGAUUUGUGAAACCUUAGAAUAGCUUCUUGUGCACCCCAUGACAUGGAGGAGUAUGAGUGACUGGCCUCACUAGCUUUAUUUUCUUAUCUAAGUGUGCAGAUGGUUCAUCUAAAUAGGCACCAGAAAACAAUGUGAUCUUCAAGUUGUAACGACAUUAUAUUUGAGUUUUAAACAAUUUUAAGUACUCAAUCUUCCUUCAUUAAUCAAG